AAUAAUAAGAUAGAAUCUACAAAAAAAUAAAUAACGAUAGUUCACACUGAUGAGUGAUUUGGUCACUCUCUCACACAAACCAAGAAAGAUUGUUGGGAAGCUCUUAAAGGGAUAAUAAAUCUUGUUUCUCCCUCUCAACCGGAGAAAAGAGGGUUUAAGUCUUUUUUACAAGACAAAGAAGAUGAAGCGAGCUACUAAUAGCAUUGCUUCACCUGCGAUUCUGGUGUUGGCGAUUGUGUUUCUCUUCUCGUUGAAAGCUAUUGCAACGGGGAAUGUAACUUAUGACCACCGUUCUCUCUCUAUCGGCGGUCGCCGCCAGCUCAUUAUCUCCGCCGCCAUUCAUUAUCCGAGAAGUGUUCCAGCUAUGUGGCCAUCACUUGUUCAAACGGCAAAAGAAGGAGGCUGCAAUGCAAUUGAGUCUUACGUGUUUUGGAAUGGGCAUGAGCCUUCUCCUGGGAAGUAUUAUUUUGGUGGACGGUAUGAUAUAGUGAAGUUCAUCAAGACUGUUCAGCAAGCUGGUAUGCAUAUGAUUCUCCGUAUUGGCCCUUUUGUUGCUGCUGAGUGGAACUUCGGGGGAGUUCCGGUUUGGCUGCAUUAUGUGCCAGGAACAGUCUUCAGGCAAGAUAACGAGCCAUGGAAGCAUUACAUGGAGAGUUUCACAACGUAUAUGGUAAACCUACUGAAGAAAGAGAAGCUUUUCGCACCACAGGGGGGUCCAAUAAUCUUGUCUCAGGUGGAAAACGAGUAUGGGUAUUAUGAGCGUGAUUAUGGGGAAGGAGGGAAGCGGUAUGCUCAAUGGUCUGCUUCUAUGGCUGUUUCACAGAACAUUGGUGUUCCAUGGAUGAUGUGCCAGCAAUGGGAUGCUCCUGCCACUGUGAUUAGUACCUGCAAUGGCUUUUACUGUGACGAGUUCACACCUAAUACAGCGGACAAACCCAAGAUAUGGACUGAGAACUGGCCUGGAUGGUUUAAAACUUUUGGAGGCAGAGACCCACAUAGACCAGCAGAGGACGUAGCUUACUCUGUUGCUCGUUUUUUCCAGAAAGGUGGAAGUGUUCACAACUACUACAUGUAUCAUGGAGGAACAAACUUUGGACGUACUUCAGGAGGUCCAUUCAUCACAACAAGUUAUGACUAUGAAGCUCCAAUCGAUGAGUACGGAUUGCCAAGAUUACCAAAAUGGGGUCACCUUAAGAAUCUCCAUAAAGCUAUAAUGCUCUCUGAAAACAUGCUGAUCGGUGGCGAGCAUCGAAACUUUUCGUUAGGCCCUUCACUCGAGGCUGAUGUGUACACAAGUUCUUCAGGAAGCUGCGCUGCGUUUCUGUCAAACUCUGAUGAUAAAAACGAUAAGACGGCUGUGUUUCAAAACAUGACAUACCACUUACCUGCUUGGUCAGUUAGCAUUCUACCUGACUGCAAAAACGAGGUUUUCAACACUGCAAAGGUAACUGCGAAGUCCUCCAAGGUAGAAAUGUUACCUGAAGAUUUGAAGUCUUCAUCAGGUCUUAAAUGGCAAGUGUUCUCAGAGAAACCUGGUAUCUGGGGGGAAGCAGACUUUGUGAAAAAUGAACUUGUUGAUCAUAUCAACACCACAAAGGACACAACUGACUAUCUUUGGUACACAACAAGUAUAACAAUCAGUGCUAAUGAAGGGUUUCUCAAGAAGCAAACUCUCCCGGUUCUCUUUAUUGAAUCAAAGGGCCAUACUCUUCAUAUUUUCAUUAACAAAGAAUACAUAGGAACUGCGACAGGGAAUGGAACUCAUGUGCCUUUCAAACUCAAGAAAUCAGUUCCUCUCAAAGCGGGAGAAAACAAUAUUGAUCUGCUUAGCAUGACCGUUGGUCUUUCGAAUGCCGGGUCCUUCUAUGAAUGGGUUCCAGCCGGACUUACAAGCGUCUCAAUCAAAGGACUUAACAAUGGCACAUUGAACUUGACACAUACCAAAUGGACCUACAAGCUUGGCGUGCAAGGAGAGCAGCUAGGUCUAUUCAAGCCAGGUAACUCUGGGGCUGUCAAAUGGACCGUGACUACUAAACCUCCCAAGAAACAACCUUUGACUUGGUACAAGGUUAUAAUAGACCCACCUUCUGGAAGUGAACCAGUUGGGCUGGAUAUGAUCAGUAUGGGGAAAGGCAUGGCUUGGCUAAACGGUGAAGAGAUUGGAAGAUACUGGCCCAGGAUUGCUAGAAAGAACGCUCCAAAUGACGAAUGCGUUAAAGAAUGUGACUACAGAGGCAAAUUUAUGCCGGAUAAAUGCAACACUGGAUGUGGAGAGCCAUCUCAAAGAUGGUAUCAUGUUCCACGAUCAUGGUUUAAGUCUUCCGGGAAUGAGCUUGUGAUCUUCGAGGAGAAAGGUGGCUAUCCCACGAAGAUAAAGCUGUCGAGACGUAAAGUCACGGAAGUUUGAACAAGAAGUUAUAGAACAAUGCAUGAACCUGAGUUGCAAUUGGAUUCAGAUGUUACCAUGAAAGCGAAAGAAAAGAUUGUAUUUUUGUCUUUAUUUCUCUGUUGCAGUUCCAAAAUAACAAACAAGAUUUCGAUUACACUAUGAAGCUAUAACUUGAGCA